AUGGGAGCAUCAGCCAGUAAGGCUACUACUAGCGCGGGACUGCCUCCUGUGAAUGCUAACGCUAUCGACUCGCGUCAAAAAAUAACUCCUGCUGGCCCUGGCCCUGCGCCUGCAUCUCCUGCUGCGAGACCUGAUGAAGCAUCAGCACCACCAGCACAAUCAGCAGCAACAGCAGCAGAUGUAGCAGCAGCUGCGGCAGCAGAGGCGCGGGAGCAGCGGUUGCGAGCAGCGGAGUUGGAGGCGAGGGCUAGAGUGCUGAGCAGCAAGGUGCGAUGUGUGGAGUGCGGGCACCAGAGCAUAGAAGAAUCCAAUGCUGAUGUCGCUGUCUUCAUGCGCAAGAUGAUUCGGGACGAGCUGAGAGCGGGGCGGCAGGAGGGUGAGAUACUGGAGUCACUCAAAAGCGAGUACGGCGAUUCUGUCGUGUAUUCUCCACCCUUCCACGGCGCCUCUGCUGCUCUCUGGCUCACACCACACACUCUGCUGCCCGCCAUGCCCAUGCCCAUGCCCAUGCCCAUGCCCAUGCCCAUGCCCAUGCCCAUGCCCAUGCCCAUGCCCAUGCCCAUGCCCAUGCCCAUGCCCAUGCCCAUGCCCAUGCCCAUGCCCAUGCCCAUACCCAUGCCCAUGCCCAUGCCCAUGCCCAUGCCCAUGCCCAUGCCAUGCCCAUGCGAUGCCUCGCAGAGCAGUGCAGUCCAAGCAUGUAUGUGA